AUGACUUGUUUGCGUAAAACCUCCCACUCGACUGACUUCGCGCUUUUUUUAUUUUCUUCUUUCGCAGACAUAGGUGGUCUUGACUCAAUCAUUGAGGAACUGAAGGAGUCCGUUAUAUACCCACUUACCAUGCCACAUUUGUAUUCACACGCUGCACCUCUACUGUCAGCACCGUCAGGGGUGCUCUUGUUUGGCCCUCCAGGCUGCGGAAAGACUAUGCUUGCAAAGGCACUGGCUCAUGAAAGCGGCGCUUCAUUCAUCAACCUUCACAUCUCAACUAUGACAGAGAAGUGGUACGGCGACUCUAAUAAAAUAGUUCGCGCCGUAUUUUCCCUGGCCCGCAAGAUGCAACCAGCAAUCAUCUUUAUCGACGAGAUAGAUGCAGUAUUGGGUACUAGGAGGAGCGGAGAGCACGAGGCCAGUGGAAUGGUUAAGGUUUAUGACAUUAUGGGAUGGCCUAACGUCUGCCAAUUCAUCAGGAANGGAAUGCCAGCCCAAAUAGUCGUUCUGGGAGCCACAAACCGUAUACACGACAUCGAUGAGGCAAUCUUGCGCCGGAUGCCAAAAAAAUUCCCCGUACCACUUCCCGGCCUUGAACAGCGACGUCGGAUAUUGCAACUCAUUCUACAGGAUACAAAGACAGACGGACACAAUUUCGACCUAGACUAUGUGGCGAAGAUCACCGCAGGAAUGUCAGGGAGUGACAUCAAAGAAGCUUGUCGCGAUGCGGCCAUGGCCCCCGUGAGGGAGUACAUGCGACAGCAUAGAGACCAAGGGCGUCAGGUAGCCUCUGUUGAUUCUAGUCAAUUCCGCGGUAUUCGGACGGACGACUUCUUCGGCAAGAGAAGCAGCCAGAUGUAUGAAAUCAGCCACAAUAGUGCCAAGGGAAAAGGUGGGAAGAGGAGGAACAAGGGACCGGAAUCCGGUGGCGAGUAUGAAGACUUGGACGAACUUGUGGAAAGCCAGGACUAA